AUGGCGGACCCAGUGGCAACCAUCGCCGGCUCGGCCGCCAAGAGCGUGCGGCCAUUCCGCUCCAGUGAAGCCUACGUGGAGGCCAUGAAGGAGGACCUGGCUGAAUGGCUCAAUGCCUUGUACGGCCUGGGGCUGCCCAGCGGUGGUGAUGGCUUCCUGGCCGGGCUGGCCACGGGCACUGUCCUGUGCCAACAUGCCAAUGCUGUCACCGAGGCUGCCCGUGCCUUGGCAGCUGCCCGGCCGGCCCACAGUGUGACCUUCCAGGUGCACAGCGUGGCACCCGGCUCCUUCAUGGCCCGCGACAACGUGGCCACCUUCAUCGGCUGGUGCCGCGUGGAGCUGGGCGUGCCUGAAGUUCUCAUGUUCGAGACCGAGGACUUGGUGCUGCGUAAGAACGAGAAGAGCGUGGUGCUGUGCCUGCUGGAGGUGGCGCGGCGGGGGGCCCGCCUGGGCCUGCUCGCCCCCCGCCUCGUGCAGUUUGAGCAGGAGAUUGAGCGCGAGCUGCACGCUGUACCCCCAGCCCCCAAUGCCCCUGCCGCCGAGGAGGACCCUGCCGGGACUGCUGCUGCACCAGGAGCUCCCACCCGGGGGCCCCGUAUGACCCCCAGUGACCUGCAGAACCUCGAUGAGCUGGUGAGAGAGAUCUUGGGCCAAUGUACCUGCCCAGACCAGUUCCCCAUGAUCAAGGUUUCCGAGGGGAAGUACCGUGUGGGAGAUUCCAGCCUGCUCAUCUUUGUGAGGGUGCUCAGGAGCCACGUGAUGGUGCGUGUGGGUGGCGGCUGGGACACGCUGGAGCACUACCUGGACAAGCAUGAUCCCUGCCGCUGUUCCUCCUCAGCCCACCGCCCACCCCAGCCCAGGGCUCGAACCUUCUCUCCGCAGAGGGUGUCGCCCACGCCCAGCCCCCGAGCUGGCAGCCCAGCACCUGGGGCUGAGCGGCCAGCUGGGGGUGAACGCCGGUGCUCCAGGCCCGAGGUGACCCCCACUAGCCUCCGCAGCUCCAAGGAGGGGGCCGAGACCCCGCUCAGGCCCCGGGAUCAGCUUCCCCCGUACCCCCGCUCCCGCCGCUACUCGGGGGACAGUGACUCGUCAGCCUCCUCAGCCCAGAGUGGCUCCCUUGGUGCCCGCAGUGAUGACACAGGCACCGGUACUCGGAGGGAACGGCCCAGCCGGCGGCUGACCACAGGCCCCCUGCCCUCCCCAAGGAGGCCCCCUGCCCCACGAAGCCAGUCCCGAGACCGGCUGGAUCAGGGUCGGCCGAGGGGCCCUCCGGGAGGCAGGGGGGCCCAGCUGACGGCCCCCAGCCCUACCCGCCGGGCACGGAGCCAGAGCCGAGAGGAGCAGGCUGUGUUGCUUGUACGCAGGGACCGAGAUGGGCAGCACUCGUGGGUGCCACGGGGCAGGGGUGGCAGGGACUCGGGCAGGAGCAGCCCUCACGCCCCCCGGGCCCACAGCCCUGCGACUCGCCGGCCUGCCCGGGUUCCCAGCCCUGGCCCGGAGCUGGGCAGCACUCCGGCCAGUGUCUUCCGCACGCCCCUGCAGCUGGACCCGCAGCAAGAGCAGCGGCUGUUCCGCCGCCUGGAGGAGGAGUUCCUGGCCAAUGCCCGUGCCCUUGAGGCUGCUGCUGGCGGGAACCCCACCAGCCCUGCCCCUGACCCAGCCCGACCCGUGGACCCCCCAGCCCCCGAUUCAGCCUACUGUUCCUCCAGCUCCUCUUCCUCCUCCCUCAGCGUCCUGGGUGGCAAGUGUGGCCCUCCUGGGGACCCUGCCCGGACAGCCAAUGGGCUGCCUGGGUCCCGUGGCCCAGCCCUAUCCAGCUCUUCUGACGAGGGCGGCCCCUGCCCUGGUGUCGUGGGGCCACCUGAUGUCCCUGGGACCCCUCAGACGGGCCUGGAGCCCUUGAGGACCUGGCCCCGGGGCCGGAUGGACACGCAGCCGGACCAGAAGCCCUCCCGCAUCCCCACACCACAGGGUCCCCGCCGCCCCUCUGGACCCCCAGAUCUCCGGGCCUGGCGGGCCCUGCACUCACUCAGCUCAAGGGCUGAGCCAGAUUCCUGGAUGUGA